GUGCAAAACAAGACACCUUUCUACAUUGAAUGAGGUUGUAAAUAGGCGCGAAAGUUGUUUAUGGUACUCGUUAACUACUUGUAGUACUGGAAAUGUGUAAAAAUAUAUUUUUUAUGUGUGUGUUGAAUUUUUUUUUUUUUUUAUUUUGAAGCAUUAGAGUAAAAAUGAGCGCAAAGUCAAACAAUGCUUCUGUUCCAAAUGAUGUUAUGGACUAUUUAGUUGGUCAGAAUCGCCCGUACAGUGUUAUUGAUAUUUUUAACAACAUGCACAAAGACCAUAGUAAAGCUGCAAUCAUCAAAGCUUUGGAGCAGUUGACUGCAGCUGGAAAAAUUAAAGAAAAAACUUAUGGUAAGCAAAAAAUUUAUUUUGUUGAUCAAAGUGAAUUACCUGUUGCUCAAGAUUCUGAUAUAAAACAAAUGGAUGCACAAAUCAAUAAUCUAGGACUUACAUUAAGCGAGAUUCAAAGAAUGAUAAAAAAUGCUGAAAAUCAUCUUGCGACUUUGAAUAAAAGUUUGACUACUGAAGAAGCUGGCGUAGAGUUGAAUGCUUUACAGAAAGAAAUUCCGUUACUUGAAGAAAAAUUAAGUGCUCUUGAAUCAAAUUCUGAUUGUGUCAGACCUAAAGAAAGAGAAGCAUUGCAUAAAGAUAAAAUUAAGUACUCUAAAGAAUGGCAAAAAAGGAAACGUCUUGCCAAUGAUAUGAUUGAUGCCAUUUUAGAAGGCUACCCUAAAAGUAAAAAAGAAUUGCUUGAGGAAUUGAGUGUUGAGACUGAUGAAGAUGCAAAAGUUUCUAUGGAAAAGUUUUAAUUUUUCUAGUUCUUCAUUUCUAUACUAUUUUACUGUAUAUUUGCAAUAAAAGUAUAGAGUUUAUUAUAAA